AUGUUACAUAUGAAGGGCUUCGCUGUCAGGGUGAUCUGUGCUCGUGUUUUUGACCAAUUUGUUACUCAGGCGGCCGUGGAGCCCCUGAACUGGAUUGGGCGGUCCGGACUUGAUGCCGAGCCCUCGGUGUUCUACAGCCGCAUGGUGUUCCAGAGCCUUGACACCAGGCUGCAGCCCCCGGGCAGCCACAAGAGCAAGGGCAGCCUGAUAAGACAGGAGCAGCUGAUGGCCAGAAAGAAGCUGGACAGUCCCAGGUGCCCCUUGCCAGUGAAGAAGCCGGUGGUGGUGAAGAAGGCAGUUCCCCUAGCAGUCCCCAAGCCAGUGUACCGUGCUCCCGCCUCCUUCUUGGAUCCCAGGAUGGCUCUGCUACUCGGGAAACAAGCAGAGAGCCUGAAGCAGCGACCAGUCGCUGUUGAUACUGCACUGCGGCUGUCGGAGAAGUUUGCUUUGGAUUGUAUAUCAGGAAAGGACAUGAGAGAGAACCAGAACCAUCACCCCUCAACGGAGCCACAAAAUAGCGUCACUAUCACCACUUUGCCGACAGCCCUGCCAAAUCCUGUGACCAUGUGGCAGAAGGAAAAUGAUCACCUUAGUCUUCUGGAAAUAAAUCAGGAAGUUACUCCAGCAGGUGUGUCAUCUACAGUUGCAAAAGUGGAAGGCUGCAUUCGGAUGUAUGAAGAGAUGCACAGGCUGAAAGCAAGGGAGAGGCUGAGACGGCGGCAGGAGGAGCUGGAGAAGAUGGUGAGGGCAGCCCAUGCCCAGGCCACUGAGCACCUGAAGCGCUUUGAUGAACUGAGGGAGCUAAAGCGGCAUCAGGAAUUCCAAGAGUUGCAAGAAGUAAUGGAGAAGAGCUCAAAGGAGGCUCAGAGGCAGCAAGAGAAGUUGAAGGAAGAGCACCGACACAGAGCAAAGAUAUUGAACCUAAAGCAGCAGAAGGAAGGCCUUCAAGUUAAAACAGAAGAAAGUAUCAUGCAGUGGUACCUGCAGCUUCAGGAUGCUGCUGAGCAAUGUGUUGCUGCUUUCAGUGAAAUUGGAAACUGCAAAGGCAACGCUGAGGUGAAGAAGAUAAAAACAAACUUGCAGAAAGCAGCUACAAUCCCUGUGAGCCAGAUCUCCAGCAUAUCAGGCUCUAAGCUGAGAGAGGUGUUUGAUAAGAUCAAUAACCUGCUCUCUGGGAAGCCUGUUCACUCUGAAGGCCAAAUGGUGUUGGUGACUCAGCAUCCACAGGGGCUGGACUUUGUUUCUUACAAACUUGCAGAGAAGUUUGUGAGACAUGGGGAAGGAGAAGUAGCUUUUCACCACGAUUCAGCUUUCCCAAUUGCUGUGGUGCUCUCAGGAAUCUGGGAAUUACACCCUCGAGUUGGAGACAUCUUUUUAGCUCACCUGCACAAGAAGUGCCCAUAUUCUGUGCCCUUUUACCCUACUCGGAAAGAAGGGACUUCUGUGGAAGAGUAUCAGAGGCUGCUUGGAUAUGAAGUUCAUGAUUCUACAGUGGAAGAACAAGAUCAUUUUCUCAAAAGGAUGUCAGGAAUGAUUCGUCUCUAUGCUGCCAUCAUUCAGCUCCGGUGGCCUUACGGAAACAAACAAGGGGCUCAUCCUCACGGUCUGAGCUAUGGAUGGCGCUGGCUGGCGCAGAUGUUGAAUCUGGAGCCUCUGGCAGAUGUGACAGCUAUGCUGCUCCUGGAUUUCCUGGAAGUGUGUGGCAAUGCUCUGAUGAAGCAGUAUGGGAUUCAGUUCUGGAAAACAAUGCUCUUUAUCCAGAAAUCCUAUAUCCCAAGAAUUGAAGCUGUGUCCGGUUCUGGGCAGAUGGGCUGUUUGUCACGCUUAAAGACUUUUGUGCAGAAAUGUUUGCAGGUAGAGGAAAUUCCAUUACCAAAGGGCAUUCCAACACCUUCCUUUUGGAGAACAUAAAUCAAUCUGUAUUUCCUUUCCCCUUAACAUUUAAUUCAAGCAGAUUUAUUUGUUACACUUGGAAGC